AUGAAGCACGGGCUAAAGUCGCAUGCCAAGAAGCUAUCGAGGACACCAGCUCAUCGAAUAGAUUUGCUGCGUAAUCUGGUCUCUCAGCUUCUCCAUCAUGAACAGAUAGUGACUACUGUAGCAAAAGCAAAGUUUGUCAAGCCUGCUGCUGAAAAGGUCAUCAAUUGGGCCAAAAAGGGUGAUGAAAAAAGCAUCAAGAAGGCAACCUUCGCUAUACUGGACGUGGCUCAAAGGCAUCCACUAGCAGAAGACGAAAUAUCAGCAACAUAUAACUCUACCCUCAAAAAGCUAUUUGGACCACUAGUAGCUCGAUACUCGACACGUCCCAGCGGCUACGUCCGUAUACAGAGAUAUGGAUUCAACGAACCGGGAUCCGACCAUGCCCCAAAAGCACUCGUAACACUAGUCGAUUCACCAAACGACGUUAUACACAGUCUCGCAGCCAAAAACAUAAAAACGCUACACGACGAAUUACGGAAACUUGAACAAGCUAAAUACAAUGCAGUUACCAUCCAAUUGACAGAUCCAGUGACGGGGUUACCGACAACUAGUGUACAGUUACGACCACGCCAUGAUUUGAAUCCUAAACAGCUGGGACAUUUGAAUGCUAAAGAGAUACGAUUGCAGACGCUGUUACGUAAAUACGAUAAAUCAAUGGCUUCCUUCCCUGCUGCCAGGGCAGCUGAGGCUAGAUGGAGAAAGACAUUGAUAAAACAGGCGGAGGGCAAGCGUGAUGCUUUAGAAGAAGAAUUGAUUGCGGAUUGGAAUCAAGUUGGUGAUGCUGGCAUGGAUCAAAAGAAGGUUAAGAUGGCUAGAUCUCUUGGUCUGAAGAUGGAGGAGGGUGGUAUUAUUACGAGAACUAGUCCACCAUGGGAACAGGCUAUUCGUAAAGCUGACGGGCCAAAGACUGCCAUUAGUAGUAGUAGAAGUAUCCCUAACGCGCCCUUUAGUAAAGCUAGUCAGAAGGCUGCAAUUGAAGAGGCUGCAGCAGAGUCAAGUCAGGCAGCUGCUCCAACUAAGGCAGAUGAGGUAGACAAGGCUGAAGAGAAACCAAAGGGUGCAGUCUCUGGCUUCUUGAAACGUAUAGGUGUAGAUUGGAGUCGCUGGACGUAA